AUGAAUCGCGUCCGGAGAUGGAUCUCUCCCGGGGCGGAAUAUGAGCCACUCGAGCAACCUCCGCAGGACGAAGAGGAUCGCCACUUAAUAUCUUCCCAAACACCACCAGCGCCACGCUUCUCCAGGUUUGAAUAUGGGGUAUUCUUCCUCCUUGGAGUUUCCAUGCUAUGGGCAUGGAACAUGUUCCUCGCCGCUGCACCGUAUUUCUAUCACCGCUUCAGCUCGGAUGAGUGGGCCGUGGCCCAUUACCAGUCCUCCAUUCUCAUUGUGUCGACCGUCACAAACUUGGGCUCAUCGUUCACUCUCGCGAAGCUGCAGAAACGGACGUCAUACCCUAAACAGAUCACGGUUUCGCUGCUGAUCAAUAUCGUGAUCUUCACAUUGCUCGCAUUAUCUACCGGUCUUCUAAAAAAUACUUCCAUUGGAUUAUAUUUUAGCUUCCUGAUGCUAAUGGUAUUCGGGACCAGUUUCGCGACCGGAAUGAAUCAGAUCGGCGUUUUUGCAUAUGUCUCCGGUUUUGGGAGGCCCGAAUAUACUCAAGCUAUUAUGGCAGGCCAAGGCCUAGCAGGUGUCUUGCCAUGCAUCGUGCAGAUACUCUCUGUUUUGGCUGUCCCAGAGCAAACAGGGGAACAGAACAUCCCACAAGGGUCGUCCAAAUCGGCAUUCUUGUACUUCAUAACUUCCACUUGUGUAUCCCUAUCGGCACUGGUUGCCUUCGGUUCCCUUGCUAAGCGACGGUCGAACACCAUGUCCAAAUUCGCGCAGAGUUCAUCUGACGCUGUUUCUGACCACACAGAUCGCAAGUCCGUCAGCCUCUGGGGCCUUUUCAAAAAGCUUCGCCUCACGGCUCUUGCGCUUUUUCUCUGUUUCGCUGUCACUAUGAUUUAUCCUGUCUUGACGGCAAAGAUUGAGUCAGUCCGGGACCCUCAGGGUAGUUCCCGUUUGUUCCAACCGGCUGUUUUCAUCCCGCUGGCGUUCUUAUUCUGGAAUGUAGGAGACUUGGCUGGAAGGAUAUUAGUCCUUAUCCCCCAAUUAUCAUUAACCCACCAGCCUUUUGCUCUGUUCAUCUUGGCAAUUGCUCGCAUUGGGUUCCUUCCCCUUUAUCUUCUAUGUAACAUACGCGGUCGGGAGGCCGUCGUGAAGAGUGAUUUCUUCUAUUUAUUCGUUGUGCAAUUGCUUUUUGGCAUUGGCAAUGGUUAUCUUGGAAGCAGCUGCAUGAUGGGCGCUGGUCAAUGGGUCCCUGAGGAUGAUCGUGAGUCAGCGGGUGGAUUUAUGAGCUUGAUGCUAGUAGGAGGCUUAACUGCUGGCAGUCUGCUGAGCUUCUUUCUUUCUGGUGUGUGA